AUGCUCGACGAACCUGACCCGGAAAAAGACGAGCGAGUAUCUGAGCAUGUGUUUGACGUUCGUCGCUAUAGCUCCUUUUCGUCGUCCUGCCGCAGCUCUGGAAGGCGCGUAUUGUCUCAGAGAUCAAAUUACAAUAUCACUGCAAUGCAGGGGGCACAAGAAGAGCUACCGAUCGAAGAGCGCUUGUGUCAAGAUAGUCAGAAGUGCGGCUGCUCCAGUGAUGACAGCGAGCAUCACUUGGUACCAGGACGCAUACUGAGGCGGUAUAUCGCCUUCGCUCGGCAGAUGAUCCAUCCAAAAAUAACCGCUUCCGCCUGUAAGGUGCUGCUGAACUUUUUCGAAGAAAUGAACACCUCUGAUGAGUACCUGCUCGAUGACGACCAGCCGAUCGGCAUCAGGCAGAUGGAAUCGCUAAUUCGACUGGUGCAGGCAAGGGCUAAAUGUGAGCUAGCGAAUCACAUCACGGAGCGCCAUGCGCUGGACGUCGUCGAAAUCGUGCGCUACUGUAUGAACAGAAAAAAAUAUGCUGCCGCCACAACGAACCCUUUGAUGACAGUCAAUCGAGGAGGACGUCGUCGUCUGUCUCAACGGGAUCAGUUGAACAGAUUUCUGUCCGCGCUACGCGUGUUCGCUGAACGCAAAGGAAGUCCCCUUUUUACGUUGUCAGAACUUCAAGAGGUGUCCAACGAAAUACAACUCGAAACUCGCCACGGUUUCGACCAAUUUCUCGCUUCUCUGAAUGACAUGGGAUUUUUGCUGAUCAAAGGAUCAAGAUGUUUCGAGCUGACUGCCUGA